AGCAGUGGCCGAGCUAUAGACUCGUUCGAGGCUCUCUUUCAUGGCAAACGGUGCGUUCGAGGUUGACUCGGGGGGUCCUAAUCGUCGCUGAUCGCGCCGCUCGUGCCCGUUGCAAUGGGCGAGGAUAAACGCGCGCACGACGACGCAAGCAACAUGGCCUCGUAGUUCUGUGCUGUGCUGGUGCUCAAACGUCUGAAAAUUCCACGAGCUUCCGCGCUGCCGCGGAAAGUCGGACGGGCGAACGCGGCGGGAGUCGGUGGCACGACGUCGUGACUCGGUGACGCGUUGAUCCAGCCAGAGGCUGCCUCGCUUGAUGCUUUAUUCGGGGAAGUAUCAAGGAUCAAGAAACGAUGACGUCAUGUGCUGAAACAUAAGCUGUUUUCAUCUCGCUUCGUCGGUAGCAUCAUCUCGCGAGAGCACGCAAGUGCGAGUGACGGGUUUUUCGAAGUCGGCGAAAUUACACGCCGUCGCAUUGCCGCACGGUGAACCGAAUAGGAGCAAAGAAAGGAAUCUCCCUGAUUGUUGUGAAGUAUAACGCGAAUUUCGCCCAGCACGGAUCGUGUACGAAUAUACCGUCACGAUUAAUAUGCCAAGUUUGUGUUGCACGCAUCAGUACCGUAGUAUCUUGUAUGUGUAACGUGCAUUUUAUUAAUAUAUACACUGAUAUGCUAUUGGCGUAUCAAUUGUAAACGACGGCACGUAUUAAACGACCAACGUAAGCCAACGUACAAGCCUGAGGACUGAGCUGAUCGUAUGCUGUGUGCAUAGUUACAGCAUAUAUAUUCAUUGACCAGAGAGGAACAUUAGUGUAAGAACUGUUUGUUAGUUUUGCACGACGAUGGAUUCGGAAGAGGAAACGAUUUACGACGAUGUCGACUCUGGUAACGAGUCGAGCGGCGAUGACGUCGACUUUGCCAUGGAAAUAGAGCCUGGUAAUCCACGUGAACGAGCCACCGAUGUCGAUGACUAUCCGUUCGAAGUGCUUUCCACAGAGGAAAUUGUACAGCACAUGGUUGAUUCUAUAAAGGAAGUUAAUACGGUUGUCGAAAUACCGGCAACAACUACACGUAUCUUACUAAAUCACUUCAAAUGGGAUAAGGAAAAGCUGAUGGAGCGUUUUUAUGAUGGCGAUCAAGAGAAACUCUUUGCUGAAGCACGAGUUAUUAAUCCAUUCAGAAAAGGCCCUUUAAUAAGUAGAAGUCGAUCCUCCCAAAGUUCCUUGUCCAAAAGAACAUCGACAAAUGGUACAGAAGAAUGUGGAAUCUGUUUCAUGAUACUUCCAUCUUCAAUGAUGACUGGUCUUGAAUGUGGGCAUCGUUUUUGUACCGGAUGUUGGGGAGAAUAUUUGACGACUAAGAUCAUGGAAGAAGGAGUUGGGCAAACCAUAGCAUGUGCUGCUCACGCUUGUGACAUCUUAGUAGAUGAUGCUAGUGUUAUGCGGCUUGUCAAGGACUCCAAAGUUAAACUGAAGUAUCAGCACUUAAUUACCAACAGCUUUGUUGAAUGCAAUAGGUUACUAAGAUGGUGUCCUUCUCCUGAUUGUAAUAAUGCUGUUAAGGUCCAGUAUGUAGAAUCAAGACCAGUUACCUGCAAAUGUGGACAUACCUUUUGCUUUUAUUGUGGUGAAAACUGGCAUGAUCCUGUCAAAUGUCAUUUACUUCGCAAAUGGAUUAAAAAGUGUGAUGACGAUUCAGAAACAUCAAACUGGAUCGCCGCCAACACAAAGGAAUGUCCCAAGUGUAAUGUUACCAUUGAAAAAGAUGGUGGAUGUAACCAUAUGGUCUGCAAAAAUCAGAAUUGUAAAACUGAAUUUUGCUGGGUUUGUCUCGGACCUUGGGAGCCUCAUGGUUCUAGCUGGUACAAUUGUAACCGCUAUGAUGAGGAAGAAGCUAAAGUGGCUAGGGAUGCGCAAGAAAAAUCCAGGUCAGCGUUACAGAGAUAUUUAUUUUAUUGCAAUAGAUAUAUGAAUCAUAUGCAGUCACUAAAAUUUGAGAGCAAACUGUACGCCAGUGUAAAGGAAAAAAUGGAGGAAAUGCAACAACACAACAUGUCAUGGAUAGAGGUGCAAUUUUUAAAGAAAGCGGUUGACAUUUUGUGUUCGUGUAGGCAGACUCUUAUGUACACUUACGUUUUCGCUUAUUACGUGAGGAAGAACAAUCAAUCUGUGAUUUUUGAGGAUAACCAAAAAGAUUUGGAGAGUGCCACCGAAUGUCUCUCUGAAUAUCUCGAGAGGGAUAUCACAAGUGAAAAUCUUGCAGAUAUUAAACAAAAGGUUCAGGAUAAAUAUAGAUACUGCGAUAGUCGAAGGAAAGUGCUUUUAGAACAUGUCUAUGAAGGAUACGAGAAGGAAUGGUGGGACUACAAGGAAUAGAGAAUUUUUACUAGUUUUACUUCUUGGGGUGUGACACAACAAAUCCUCUUCCUUCCCACUUCUGCCCCAGCUGUGAUAAACCAAGAAAGCUAACAAGAGACAGAAAUGGAGCAUGUCACAAAGUGAUAAACGUUAUAUGCACUUUAAACAUAUAAUAUGGUUUGUAGCGACACGUAUACCAUCGUUUAUGAUGAAUAUUGAACUCGACCUAUUAAAAUUCAAUCAGAUCAAGUUGACAAUAUUUUGAUUUGCGCUUACUGUGUGCUGUUUAUUAUUGUAGGUUACCCUUGAUAAAAGUACCCCAUUGUUUUAGAUAAUUAUAAGAAUAUUAAUUGUAUUAUAUAGAACAGACGAAGAACAGACAUCACAUUAUUAUUAGAUUGAGCAAUAUGUUGCAAUACAGGAUGGGAUCUCGGCUACUAAAAUCCGUUAUUUUAUUCAACACACGUUUCACCAACUUUUACCAAUAACACAGGAUCUUUUCAAUUUUA